UAUUUGUGAUUUUUGGAUGCACGCAGUUCAAGUGUCCUGAUCUCCUGAUAUUCGCCCCUGUUUAAUAUAUAGCAAGGAUAAAAAUUUAUUUGCUUUCGCUAUAAGUGUUGAUGAAUCGAACGAAACUUAAUUGACAGCUGAGCGUCCCCCUUAGAUAUAUUGAUUGGUGCUUUUCAGUGGAAAAUGGGUGAAAUUGAGGGAAAUGCAGUAUUGGCCAACGCUCUGAAAGAGCAGGGUAUUGAAUUUGUUUUUGGCAUUGUCGGAAUUCCAGUAAUAGAGCUAGGCAUGGCUCUCCAAACGGCAGGAAUUCACUAUAUCGGGAUGCGAAAUGAACAGGCUGCCUGCUAUGCAGCUCAAGCCAUAGGCUACCUCACAGGAAAACCUGGAGUUUGUCUCGUGGUAUCUGGUCCGGGCCUCAUCCAUGCUUUUGGCGGAAUGGCUAACGCGCAAGUCAACUGUUGGCCCCUGCUGGUCAUCGGAGGUUCCGCCCCUCAGGAUCACGAGGGUAUUGGAGGAUUCCAAGAAACUAUACCAUCUCAGGUCGAUCUCUCCAGACCUUAUUGCAAAUAUUCAGCUCGUCCACCAAGUGUCCAUCUGAUACCAAUGCAUGUCGAGAAGGCUGUGAGACUGGCUACGUACGGAAGACCAGGAGUGGCUUAUCUAGACUUUCCAGGGAAUCUGCUCUCAGCUCGUAUUCCUGAAGAUUCUGUUCCAGAACAAUACGUAUGUGAUCCGCCUCCGGUUAUCUUCCCAAAUCCCCAAUUGGUUGAACAAGCUGCGAAUUUGCUGGCGAGAGCUCAGAAGCCUCUAGUGAUCGUAGGAAAGGGUGCUGCUUAUUCGAGGGCCGAGAAAGAGAUCAUCGAACUUGUGGAAACAACUAAUAUUCCUUUCCUAGCUACACCCAUGGGAAAAGGGGUGGUUUCGGACAGAUCAGGGAAAUGCGUGGCACCAGCCAGAUCCCUUGCUUUACAAGAAGCUGAUGUCAUCCUCUUAUUAGGUGCUAGGCUGAAUUGGAUCCUUCAUUUCGGCAGACCGCCUAGGUUCUCCCCAGACGUGAAGGUCAUCCAAGUUGAUUUGAAUGCAGAAGAGUUAAAUAAUAGCAUCAAAUCUGCUGUAGCUAUACAGAGCGAUAUAAAACCGACCGUAUCUCAGUUGGUCGAUAUUUUCAAGUCCAGAAACUUCUCUUUUUCCAGUGGCAGUCAGUGGUGGAAACGACUGGAGGCCAAGUGUGAGGGUAAUAAGAAGGGGGUGCAGGCUAUGGCUAAUGAUACGAGUACGCCCCUCAAUUAUUAUACAGUUUUCCACCACAUUCAAGAAAUCCUGCCCAGGGACUGUGUCAUAGUGAGUGAGGGAGCUAAUACUAUGGAUAUUGGUAGAACUAUGCUUCUGAAUGAAUUUCCAAGGCAUAGAUUGGAUGCUGGCACCUUUGGAACUAUGGGAGUUGGUCCUGGUUUUGCCAUUGCUGCAGCAUUAUAUUGCCGUCACUAUGCACCCUCCAAGCGGGUGAUUUGUGUGGAAGGUGACUCCGCGUUUGGUUUUUCUGGUAUGGAGAUUGAAACCAUGGUUCGGUACAAACUUCCCAUAGUGAUAAUCAUCGUGAAUAAUUCCGGCAUUUAUAGUGGAUUGGAAAAGGAGGUCUUUGAAGAGAUACAAAGCAGCGGCGAUGCCACCAAAACAAUUCCACCGACAUCACUGAAUUUCGCAACUCAGUAUGAGGCUAUGCUAGGAAUGUUCAAUAGAAGAGGUCACUUCUGCAAAACGAUUCCAGAAGUCCAGCAGGCAGUGAAAGAAUCGCUACAAGUGACAGAUGGUCCUAGUAUCAUAAAUGUCAUCAUUAGUCCCACUGCUGAUCGAAAACCUCAAACGUUUUCUUGGUUGACGGAAUCAAAACUCUAAGAAGUAUUUAUUUAUAAUUAUACAUGAAAAUAAUGGAAAUAUUUUUAAAAUAAAUGUUAAUUGUUAUCCUUAUUCAUUACUUGGUCUGGUAGUGUGAAGACCUCAUAAGGGUUUAGAUGAUUCAGGUAGGAUUAUGAAUUUUUAUAUCAUCAACGUCGUUAUUGGAUUUAAGGAGUGUAAAUAAAUAUUAUCUUUUUU